AUGCAACAAAACAAGAAUUCAACUGCUGGCCCAGGCCCUUCACCCAGCACAAUGGUCUUCACCUUAACUCAUGGCACCUCAAAAUACUCUAUCAUGGCGUCCCCCUUCAGCGUGUAUGAUCGUGUGCCAUACACUGUCGAAACAAUCUGCCUACUCAAGUUCUGGAACUUCAUCACCUACAAGACCGGAGCCACGACUACCACCCAUGAUCUGAUCGCGCACGUUCCCAAUUCACUUGGAGGCAGAGGCGAGACAGUGCACAUGGUGAGUGCAAUCACUUGGGUCGCUCAUCUUCGGCGCUGUCAGAACGCUGGCUGGUACGACGUCUAUUUCGACAUCCAGGAGCGAGAAGCAGGUGCCGCUGAGCCGGAGGCUAUAUUGGAGUACCUCAUUGACAUCCAUGAGAUGGAAUGUGCGCAGCAGCGCCGUAACACCAAGGAGAUACGGGGUUCUGUAGAGGAUUCGAACGGAACGGUGCGUGAUUGGGUCUUCAUGUUCCUUAUGCUAGUCGCUGUCUGUGCUGGAAUGAUCUUGGAGAAUCAUGCAGCGGGAUCAAAGGGCCCGCUUGGUAACGGACCUGGUCAAAAAUUGGCCUGA